AUGGCCGCUAAUUGGACAAGGGCUAGUUUCUUGCUGGCUCUGGUAAUAAUGACGGUGGCGAUUCUCACUUCUCCAGUCGUCUCCGGCGGAAACGCGUUUUCCGAUCUUAAAAUCCGUACCCACUUGAAACGACUCAACAAGCCAGCUCUCAAAUCGAUUAAGAGCCCAGAUGGAGAUAUAAUCGACUGUGUCCCAAUCAGCGACCAACCAGCUUUUGCUCAUCCUCUGCUCAUUAACCACACUGUCAAGAUGAUGCCAAGUUUCAACCCAGAGAGUGUUUUUAGCGAGAGUAAAGUUUCGUCGACCACCAAGAAAAAUCAGCAGUCUCAUGCUAUAACUCAGCUUUGGCAUGUGAAUGGGAGAUGCCCAGAGAACACAGUUCCCAUCAGAAGAACGAGAAGGCGAGAUCUUUACAGAGCGAGCUCCGUCGAGAAAUUCGGUAUGAAGAAUCAGAAAAGCAUCCCUAAACCUAAAUCUGUUGAGCCACCUAGUGUCCUUACACAAAAUGGUCACCAGCACGCGAUAAUGUAUGUGGAAGAUGGUGUUUUCUACGGGGCUAAAGCGAAGAUUAAUGUGUGGAAACCUGAUGUGGAAAUGCCCAAUGAGUUUAGUUUGGCUCAGAUUUGGGUUUUGGGUGGAAAUUUCAACUCUGAUCUCAAUAGUAUUGAAGCUGGCUGGCAGGUGAGUCCACAAUUGUAUGGUGAUAAUCACACCAGACUCUUCACUUAUUGGACUAGUGAUGCAUACCAAGGCACAGGCUGCUACAACCUUCUCUGCUCAGGUUUCGUUCAGAUCAAUAGGGAAAUUGCAAUGGGUGGAUCAAUCUCUCCUUUAUCCAACUUUGGAACCUCUCAAUAUGACAUUACCAUACUUAUCUGGAAGGAUCCGAAAGAAGGGCAUUGGUGGUUACAGUUUGGAGAGAAGUACAUAAUGGGAUACUGGCCAGCUUCGCUCUUCUCUUACUUAUCAGAGAGCGCAUCGAUGAUCGAAUGGGGAGGCGAAGUGGUGAACUCGCAGGAGGAAGGACAACACACGACCACUCAGAUGGGGAGUGGGAGGUUCGCUGAGGAAGGUUGGGGAAGAGCCAGUUACUUCAAGAACGUUCAAGUUGUCGAUGGCUCCAACGAGCUGAGAAACCCUGACAAUCUUCAAGUCUUUACUGAUCAAGAGAACUGUUACAAUGUCAAGAGUGGCAAUGGAGGUUCUUGGGGAAGUCACUUCUACUAUGGUGGUCCUGGUCGAAACCCUAACUGCCCUUAA